AUGGCUUUUCUGUCGUGCUCCUCCGACUUCUCGCCGCUCUUCCGCCUGUUGGAUGAUUACGAGACCCACUGCUCCCGCUCCCGCCCCACGCCAAGCACUUCCUCCACUGUCCGCCGCCGCGCUUGCUACACCCCGGCCUUCGAUGUCCGCGAGCUAAACGACGGCUAUUACCUGGAUGGAGAGCUGCCGGGAGUGGACCAAAGCAACAUUGAAAUUGAAUUCAGUGACCCCCACACCCUGGUCAUCAAGGGUCGCACAGAGCGCAACUAUCAGCAGCAGCAGCAAUCCCAGCAGACCACUGAAAGCUCAAGUGGCACCACUUCACCGCGAUGGCGCCAGCCGACAGUUGAAGACGAGGGCGAGGAGUCCGAUUCCACCGAUACCGAUACCGUCGACUCUGCGGUGACCUCGAGCAAGCAAAAGUCAUCGGCCGACCAGCCCCAGCCCACUACCACAGCUCACUUCUGGGUCGCGGAGCGGUCAAUUGGGGACUUCCAGCGAACUUUCACCUUUUCCGCGCGAGUGGAUCAGGAUGCUGUGCGCGCCAAUCUGAAGAAUGGCAUCCUGUCCGUCGUGGUGCCCAAGGAAUCGGCGCCCAAGACGAAGAAGAUCCGCAUCCAAUGA